UUGAAGUACUCUUCAAAAAGAAGGUAUCUGUCAGCUGAGUUAAUAUUUCUAAAUGCAAGCGUUAUCUGGACUUUUUCGAAAGUUUACUUUACAGCCGGAGGUAGAAAGUAAACGAAAUGAACCUCAUAUACAGCACGAAAGCAACGAGAACGUUGGUGUAAACGGUAAAAUGAUCGUCGCUAUCCAAAGUCAAUGUGCAGAAAAUGGUUCUGUAUCCAGUCAACAACAGACAAAUGAGAUGAGUCCAGAACUACAAAUUUUGAGGGAGACAGUUUACGAUUUGAUAAAAGAUAUCAAAGACCCAGAAAAGCCACAGACAUUGGAAGAGUUGGAAGUUGUAAAUGAAGAUAAUGUUCUUGUACAGAACUUCAGUGAUGAUACCCUCCUUGUGCAGAUCACCUUUAUACCAACCGUACCUCAUUGCUCAUUAGCCUCCUUAAUUGGCCUAAGUAUAAGACAGAAGCUAGCAGUAUGCCUUCCAGAUAAGCACAAGUUGGAUAUAUUCGUGAAGGAGGGAACUCAUGAAACUGCAAAUGAGAUUAACAAGCAAAUAAAUGACAAAGAGCGGAUAGCAGCUGCGAUGGAGAAUCCAAACCUUCGUCAACUGGUAGAUCAGUGUAUCGAAGAGAAUGGCUAGAAAUGUCAGUGUAUAAAACAAUUAUGCACUCACAGGAAAUCUCGCUGGAUCUUGUUGUGCUAACAUUGAAGCUAAUACUUUCAUAUUUAUAACUCAACACAGAAAACGGAGAUAAAUAAUGUUUUACUGGGCUCAUUGUAAUCCAUUGGAAGUUGUCAAUAUUUUGUUCAAGUUGAAGGUUUUAACUAGAAGAAGUUUCAAAUACACAUGUACUGACUUUGUCCAGUCUCAUUGUUUUUAACAGUGACUACAGGUCUACAUUGAAUGACUGUUUUCUAUGUGACCAUCAAAUAUGUGGCUGUAAAUAGCAAAAAAAAAACCCACAAACUUCUGCUUGACUACAACACUACAAAAA